UUUAUCUGCCUUUUCCAUUUUCGCUGUCGUGGUGAAGGUGCAACAGUUUUCGGUCGUCCCGAAUCCGGGUUCAUCCGACACCCUCACCAAUUCUAAUCGAACUGAGCUCAACUUCAUCUGAUAUACCAUGCCUCCUAAAUUCGAUCCCAACGAGAUUAAAGUCGUGUUCAUGAGAUGCACAGGUGGAGAGGUUGGUGCCACUUCCUCGCUGGCCCCCAAAAUCGGACCUUUGGGUCUUUCCCCUAAAAAGGUGGGUGAUGACAUCGCAAAGGCCACCGGUGACUGGAAGGGCCUGCGAAUCACUGUGAAGCUGACCAUCCAGAACAGACAAGCAGCGAUUGAGGUGGUCCCAUCAGCCUCUGCCCUCAUCAUCAAGGCGCUGAAGGAACCUCCUCGUGACAGGAAGAAGGUCAAGAACAUUAAGCACUCUGGAAGUGUUACUUUCGAUGAGAUCAUGAACAUUGCCCGUGUCAUGAGGCCACGAUCUAUUGCCAGGGAACUUAGUGGUACCAUUAAAGAGAUUCUUGGCACAGCUCAGUCUGUAGGCUGCACCAUUGAUGGUCGUCCUCCCCAUGAUGUCAUUGAUGACAUCAACAGUGGCAAAAUUGAAUGCCCAGCUGAGUAAGAAGUGGACUCAAGACAAAAAAAUAAAACUGUUCAAAUGACAAAA